UUAUUUAGCUUGACGAUGCCAUGUAGAUUUUGUUUUGCACUCUUUCUGCAGGCUGAGGUGGCCAAAGUUGUGGAAACUCAAGCUAGCUUGGUGAGACAACUGGAAUUAAUUGAGGCACAUCAGCAGGAGGUUGACAAGGCUUUGCAAAGCAUGGAGGAAGAGGCUGAACGUAUAUAUAAAGAAGAACGGGGCUUGCUUCUUGAAGAUGAUGCUGCUUCUACUAGAGAUACAAUGUUUGAGAAGGCAGAGUUUAUUGUAAGGGAAAUGGAGCGGAUGGCUGAGCAAAUUAAAACAAUAAUCCAAGCUUUUAAUUCCAAGCAGGGAGGGAGCAUGGAUUUGAGCGAUAGCAUGACUCCUAUUGAUGCUGCUGUCCGCAUAUUGAAUAAUCAGCUCAGUUCCUUGAUGUGGAUUGACGAAAAGGCAAAUGAAUUUUCUUCUCGGCUUCAAAAAGUCGCCAAUGGUGGUACUGCUGUCCGUGAUUUGUCAGCCUCAAGAUUUUGGUUAAACUGAUCAUUUAACGAUUUAGAGAGAAUUAUCAUCUGCUUACUUCACCAAAGCUUGACCAGAUAAAUGCAAGUUUAACAGUCUUAAAAUUUAAUUUCUCAGUCCUUCAUGCUUAGUUCCUGUCAUGAUUUUGGAAGUCUUAGAUUUCAGAAUGACAUCUUGCGGACUCGUGGAAACUAGAAAAGCUCUGUGCCGUCACUACGAGCUAUCUAUCUACACUUUACUCGUCGUCUAUCCAAACUCCUAAUCUUAACAAUUUUUUUUUUUAAUGUAUGAAUGCUUCUGGAUUUUGUAACUAAAAUGUGCUGAAAUGUAGUCUUUCUAAUCGUCAUUAGUCGUUAUGAGGGAACUAAUGUAAAUGAGGUUUGCUUGCUAAGUGAGUGCUUGAUGGCUACACCCGUUUGGCAUAUUGCCUUGUGAUGCCAGCAAACUAUACAGAUGAAAAAAAUUAUCUGAGAAGCUUCUGACAGCGUUAAAUCAGGAAAGAUUCAUUGUGCCACGGGUUCUUAAUAUAUUAUAAUUUUUUUUAUUUAAGUUGUAUAUUAAAAUUAUUUCCAGUUUUAA